AUGACUCUCUACGUGGUGUCCCUGUUUCUUCCCUAUACCAUCGAUUUUGAGGCGGCAGGGGUCCGGCGUGGCCGGUAUGCGCCAGAUGGUAUCCAUGCCCCCCUUGACGAUAAGAUCGAGGGCCGUCUGGCCGAAUUGCGUCGUCACAGACGCCCCAAGUCCCUGUCGAUGACUCCUGGUGCCACCACCGAUCAUGAGAAGAUCUUCAAGCCCUUCUAUGCCUCGCAGUCCCACGCAGACGAACCUCACGUACCAGGCCCCAAUGAAGUCCGUGUGGAAUCCUGGGGCCUCAGUCGGAAAUUUAACCAACCCAGAUCCAAGGCUGUGGUACCCCCAGAGCCUUCCAUCCUCAGCCGUCAGGAUAAGAAUGAGGCGACCAACGAGCCCAUACUUCGCAACGUGGAUGGGCAAGAGUCCGAAUCCGACCCGGAUGAUGCCGGUAGCCCACGAGUUCUCCUCUCAGACGUGGACUGGGUCGUGAAAGCAGCUGAACAGGGCAACGGAGGUCUCCGAAACGCUAUCAAUGCCGCUGUCAAAGCAGGCAUUUUGCAAGACAAGGUCUGGGUGGGUACACUCGGCAUGCCAACCGAUUCACUCAAGGAGCACACCCGCACCAGCAUCGCAGAGCGACUGGAGGAAGAAUUCGAAUCGCUCACGGUCUUUGUCAGCGACAGUGAAUUCGAGGGCCACUACUCUCAUUUCUGUCGCACCGUUCUCUGGCCGGCUUUCCACUACCAGAUGCAGGAGGAGCCGCGACACAAAGAAUACGAUGACCAUUCGUGGAGACAGUACGUCAAGGUCAAUGAAGCGUUUGCCAACACUCUGGCGCAGAGAUGGAAGCCAGGGGACCGGAUCUGGGUCCACGACUACCAUCUUCUGCUACUGCCCACCAUGCUCCGACAAAGACUCCCCGACGCGGAGAUUGGCUUCUUCAUGCACACAGCGUUCCCAUCGUCGGAAGUCUUCCGCUGUUUGACCACCCGAGAAGCCUUGUUAGAAGGCCUUCUUGGCGCCGAUCUCAUCGGGUUCCAAACGGAAGAAUACUGCCACCAUUUUCUCCAGACCUGCAGUCGUCUCCUCCGCCUGGAGGUAUCGGCGGAGGGCGUCCACCUCCCCGAUCAUCUUAUCCCAGUCAAGCCUUUCCCCAUUGGUAUUGACAGCCCUUCGCUCAACGUCUUGAGGCAGUCGCCCGAGGUGAGGGAGUGGAUCACGAAAAUUCGCGACAGAUACGCUGGGAAACAUUUGAUAGUGGCACGGGAUCGACUAGAUGUUGCGGGAGGCAUCAAGCAGAAGCUCUUGGCCUACGAGACCUUCUUGCGGAGAUAUCCCAAAUGGAGAGACUCUGUGGUCUUGAUUCAAGUAGCGUCCUCUAUGUCAGAGCUGCCCGAUCUCGAAGCGCAGGUUUCCAAGAUCGCAAUGAGAAUCAACUCCGUCUAUUCGACCCUGACACACCAGCCGCUGGUCCUGCUCAAGCAAGACAUUUCCUUUGCACAGUUCCUCGCCCUCAUGUCGGUGGCUGAGAUCUUCAUGGUCACCAGCUUGAGAGAAGGAAUGAACCUCACGGGGCAUGAAUUUAUCCAAUGUCAAGACGGACUCGUUGGCCCGCAGAAGUAUGGUUCUCUGAUUCUGAGCGAAUUCACCGGCAGUGCUUCCAUCUUGAGUGGGCACCAGUUGCUGGUUAAUCCGUGGGAUUAUCAGCAGUGCGCCGAAGUCAUCGACCAGGCUCUCGAGCUGUCGCCAGAAGAGAAGCAGAAGAACUGGCAAUUCCUCAUUGACCGCAUGACUCAGCACACUGCGACUUCGUGGUGCGACUCUUACUUGAAAGCCCUGUCGGACGCAUACAAUGCGCAAGCCUCGCAGGAUCCGGCGCUGGUGUCCUCUCUUUCCAUCGACUCCCUGAAAGACAAGUACGAGCGCUCCAGACGUCGUCUAUUUAUCUUGGAAGACCAGGGAACACUUGACUUCUAUGCGUCGCCCAAGGAUACGACUCCAGCGUUGGAGGAACACAAACUCGACGCUAUCAGAUCUCUACUGAGCGAUCCAAAGAAUGUGGUCUACAUCACCAGCUCUAGGACGCCCAAGCAGCUCGAGCUAUCAAUGAAAGACGUUUCUGGCGUCGGGCUGAUCGCGGAGAACGGCUGCUUCCUGCGGGAACCAGGCAAGGCCGAAUGGGAAACGCUUCUGGACGAGAGCAAUACCCGGGAUUGGCGAUGGGGGAUCCGCAAGGUCAUGCAAUAUUUCCAGGAGCGGACUGACGGUAGCCUGGUCGAAGAGCGGCGGUUCUCCCUGACGUUCUGGUACAAAGACGCCUUGGAUCAGGAACUCGCCGUGCGACAAGCUUCUGAUCUGGCGGACCAGAUCAACGGCUCUCGCGGCACCGAGCCCAUCCGCGCCGUCCUCACCGAAGGUGCGGUAACCGUGGAGCCAACGAACGUCACGAAGGCAUCGACUGCCGAGGUGGCCUUCCAGAGGAUGUGCAGCAGCGGCGACAACAGUAACGGCAACGGCAACAGCAACGGCAACGACAUUGUCAAUGGCGAUAAGAACUCCCUAUCACAGACGACACCAGACUUCCUCCUGGUGGCGGGCGGCUCUCGCGACGACGAGAGUCUCUUCCGCUGGGCAAACAAGCUCAGCCAAGAGGGCAAGGUGCCGAAUGUCACCACUAUCACGGUGGGCACUCAUGCGACGGCCGCAGCGACGCUGUUGGAGAACAACACGACCGUGACCGACGUCCUGACAGUUCUCACAAACACAACACCAGCAGCAGCUAACUAG